AUGGCGCACGACACUCCACCAGUGUACGUGUCCAAUACUCGGCAGUUGCAUGGUUUUGUAGCCCUAAAUAAAAUCGAACAACUACGUCUUUGUGUUGAGAUUACGGAGAACAAGGACGACAGAGCAAGAGAGAAGACUAAAACAAACUUCAGUUUUAGCUCAGAAGUAGAAGCGUCAAAAGUUGAGUCCAGAGACGAUAAUUACAGUGGGAGUUACGAUGGUUGCAGUUCAGAGAAGGAAGAAGAGGACAAUGAGAUUGAUUGCUCUAGUAUUGUGGAAGGAGAAAAUCAGAACGUAGACGGAGAAGAUGAAACAUGCAAAGAAAACGAAGAAGACGAUGAAUUUGAUAGCCGAUUUGAUAUGUUCGACGACUCGGACGGUGCGUCAUCUGAAGAUGAUAACUUCAGCUCAUACGGUGAGUCUCCUUUAGAAGGCGAAGAGUCACCAACGAUACCUCCCAAGAAGAUAUAUCAGAACUUCUCGAUGAGCGGGUCUAAAGAGAGUGAGGAGGUUCUUCUAAGGUUGGAGAUGUCGUCGUUAAAUCUUGCGGUAGGGCAACGAUACGAGAGUAAAGCCGAUUUGGAGAGACGAUUGAAACUUCUUACUGUGAAGGAUCGAUUUGAUUAUGAUGUAGACAUAUCAACCCAAACAUUAUUCAUUGUUAAGUGUUGGGUUGAUGGAUAUAUUUUAGGAGAGUUGUACAAGAACUUUCUCGGCGACGUUGGUCCGGCCGUUCGCCCUACGAGUGUUGGAAUAGCUAUCACUAAGCAGUUUGGUGUAAAGAUGGAAUAUUGGAAAUCUUACCGGACGCUGAAAUUUGCAAGGGAAAUUGUUCAGGGAACACCUGAGAGUGGGUUUGAACGCUUGGCUUCUUACUUAUACAUGAUAAUAAGGGAAAAUCCGAGUACAGUUGCGCGUCUUCAAAUCGAUGAGAAUGGAAAAUUCAUGUAUGUGUUUCUUGCGUUUGGUGCGAGCGUAAAUGGGUUUCCUUUCAUGCGCAAAGUUGUGGUUGUCGACAGUACGUUUCUUAAUGGUAGAUACAAAGGGACGAUUCUCACAGCACUAGCUCAGGAUGGUAACUUUCAGAUUUUUCCAAUAGCCUUCGCAGUGGUUGACACUGGAAAUGAUGAUUCCUGGCAUUGGUUUUUUACGCAACUAAAACUUUUGAUUCCUGACGAAGAGGGUCUUGCGAUAAUCUCGGAUAGGCAUAACUCGAUUGGGAAAGCAAUUACAAAUGUGUAUCCGCUUGCUUCUCGUGGAAUUUGCAUGUACCAUCUAUAUAAGAAUAUACUGGGACGGUACAAAGGAAAAGAUGCAUUUCGUCUGGUGAAGAAAGCGGCGAGAUGUUUUAGGAUGUCUGACUUUACUCAGAUUUUGGAGGAGAUUGAAGCGAUUAAUCCAGCACUCCACGGCUACCUCCAAAGGGCUGAUGUCCGACUGUGGACGUGUGUUCAUUUUCCGGGCGAGAGGUACAAUUUGAUGACUACGAACAUAGCGGAAUUAAUGAACAGAGCAUUGUCGAAUGCUAGAGGUCUUCACAUUGUUCGGAUAUUAGAAUCGAUACGGGUUAUGAUGACCAGAUGGUUUGCUGAACGAAGAGAGGAUGCCAGAUCGCAGCGAACCACGCUUACUCGUGGUGUGGAGAAACUACUACAUGGUCGUGUAACUGCCGCCAGAGAUUUAGCGGUACAGAGGAUUGAUGAUCAUCACACUGAAGUUAAAUAUGGAUCUUCCGGCGAGUCUUUGCAUGUUGUUAAUUUGGUAGAGCGAAAGUGCACAUGUCGCCGUUUCGAACUCGAGAAAUUACCAUAUGUACACGCAAUCGCAGCGGCGCAGUACAUGAAUGUUUCUCGUAUAUCCCUGUGCAGUCCUUACUAUACCAGCAAUUAUUUGGUUAGCGCAUACGCUGAAUCGGUCAUGCCGGUUGAUUCAGCGCAACCUGUUCCAGAACUCGUGGCUAACCAACGCUGCUUGCCCCCGACUGUACGUCAACCACCAGGCAGACCGAAGAAAAAUAGGAUGAAAUCUGCUUUAGAAGUUGCACUAUCAAACAAACGUCCUAGGAAAGAGCACACAUGUUCUCAAUAUAGACAGAGUGGUCAUAAUGCGAAAACUUGUCCGAUGUAA